UAAAGCCGCCUGGCCUGGCAGAGGACACUCAUUCUGUGGACCUGCAGAAGAGGGGUCAGGGCCCUCUCUCCACCCCAGCCGCCAACAGGACCCAGCGUCACCCCUGUGACAAUGACCAUGUUCGAAAAUGUCACCCGGGCCCUGGCCAGACAGCUGAACCCCCACGGCGACCUGACGCCCCUGGACAGCCUCAUCGACUUCAAGAGCUUCCGCCCGUUCUGCGUGGUGCUGAGGAAGCGCAAGAGCACGCUCUUCUGGGGAGCCCGCUACCUGCGCACCGACUACAGCCUCCUGGGGCUGCUGGAGCCCGGCACCUCCCCCACAGACCCCACGGAUGCGGGGAGCUUCGGCUUCAAGAACAUGCUGGAUGCACACCUGGAGGGGGAGGUGGACGUGCCCCGGACGGUGAAAGUCAAGGGCACUGCAGGGCUGUCGAGGAACAGCACGCUGGAGGUCCAGACCCUCAGUGUGGCCCCCACGGCCCUGGAGUCGCUGCACAAGGAGAGGAAGCUGGCCGCGGACCACCCGUUCCUGAAGGAGAUGCGAGAGCGCGGCGAGAACCUCUACGUGGUGAUGGAGGUGGUGGAGACCGUGCAGGAGGUCACCCUGGAGAGAGCCGGCAAGGCCGAGGGCUGCUUCUCCCUCCCGUUCUUCGCCCCGCUGGGGCUGCAGGGAUCCGUCAACCACAAGGAGGCUGUCACCAUCCCCAAGGGCUGCGUCCUGGCAUUCCGCGUGAGGCAGCUGAUGAUCAGUGGCCAAGAUGAGUGGGACAUCCCACACCUGUACAACGACAGCAUGCAGACCUUCCCCGCCGGAGAAAAGCCGGAAGAGGAGAAGUUCACACUUAUCCAGGCUUCUGAUGUUGGGGAGGUGCAUGAGGACUUCAAGACCCUGAAAGAAGAGGUCCAGAGAGAGACCCGAGAGGUGGGCAGGCUGAGCCAGGUGGGGCAGGGCUCCCUGCUCAGCUCCCUCUGCAAUCUUCUUGGCAAGAAGAAGGAGCUGCAGGACCUCGAGUUUGAGCUUGAAGGGGCCCUAGACAAGGGACAUGAAGUGACACUGGAAGCACUCCCGAAGGAUGUCCUGCUGUCAAAGGAGUCUAUGGGAGCCAUCCUCUAUUUUCUUGGAGCCCUAACAGUGCUAAGUGAAGCCCAACAGAAGCUUCUGGCAAAAUCCAUGGAGAAAAAGAUCCUCCCGGUGCAACUGAAGCUGGUGGAAAGCACGCUGGAGCAGAAUUUCCUGCAGGAGAAAGAGGGUGUUUUCCCCCUGCGCCCCGAGCUGCUCUCUUCCCUCAGGGAAGAAGAACUGACCCUCACGGAAGCCCUCGUGGGGCUCAGUGGCCUGGAAGUGCAGAGAUCCAGCCCGCAGUACAUGUGGGACCCGGACACCCUGCCCCGACUCUGUGCCCUUUACGCCGGCCUCUCCCUCCUCCAGCUCCUGGCCGGGUCCCCCUAGUGUCCCUUUCCUGUCUGCUCCCGGCUUCCCGCAAGCUGGGACCUUAGCACUCCAGGGCCUUUCAGAGCCACCAGGCUGAAGACCACAAAAUCCUAGCUCGUCACCUACAAUAACCAACUGCUACUCCCCUAGCCUUUGUCUCCCCGCCCUCUGCGCCCAGCCCUGUGAGCUCAUGGGCUGCUGUGAAAUCCUGCAGAAGUAGAAGCACUCGGCCUUUAAAUUAUGAGCUAUUUUGGCAAAACUGGGGGAAAAAGAGAGACAAAUUAAUUUUCUAUCCUAAUCCUUCUCACUUGUACUUCUAAAAAUCAAGCAUCAGGGCUGGGGAUUUAGCUCAGUCAGUGAUGCUGUGCCUGUCUCACAAGUGCAAAGUCCUGAAUUCAAUCCCCAGUACCACAAAAAUAUAUAAAAAA